AAACAAAAAAAAAAAAAUAAAAGAAGAAAAUAGAGAAAAAGUAUCUAAGACAAGCAACGCGGAUAGAAAUCUUGAUUGAGUUAUUUUACUUGCCGCAGUUUACGAGUGGCCACCACCAACGCAGCACAAACGAACACCAUAACAAUAAAGCCAACAAUAAUAAUAACAACAACAACAAUAACGAAGACAACAACAUGGAAGAUUAUUGGGGCCUAAGCAGCACAAACGAUAUAAAUUGCACUCAACCCGCUAUUGAUGAUUUUCCCAAAGAUUUAUUCACAGAAGCACAAAGACAGGCUGGAGCUGUUGUACUGCAUGUACUUGCAAGUCUAUAUCUUUUUGUAGCUCUAGCUGUAGUCUGUGAUGAGUACUUCGUGCCAGCCGUGGAAAAAAUAUGUGCAGCGUUAAAUAUGUCGAAUGAUGUUGCUGGGGCUACAUUUAUGGCGGCAGCAACAUCGGCACCGGAAUUGUUCGUCAACGUGAUUGGCACAUUUAUCACAGAAGGUGAUAUUGGCGUUGGUACUAUAGUGGGUUCAGCUGUGUUUAAUAUAUUAGCGGUGGCAGCAUGUUGUGGAAUUGGUGCAGGAAUGACAAUACCACUUGAUUGGUGGCCAUUGACAAGAGAUAGUAUAGCAUAUGGCAUAACAGUAGCAAUACUUAUUUGUGUUAUGCAUGAUGAACGCGUAGAGUGGUACGAGGCACUCAUAUUGGUUUCAUUGUAUGCAGUGUAUUUAGCAGUAAUGUACUUUGAUAAAGCAUUUCAAAAAUGCGCUAAAGGUGGAGUAAAACAGGCGCGCUCCCGAAGCCGCUCCUCCAAUUGCAGCAUACACACAAAAAACAGUAAUGAGAAGGAACCUACAGAUAUUGUUGAAAAUCGCAUAUGCCAAAAUAUAUCCACAAUACAACUUAACGGUGGUGUCAAUAAUGAUUCAUCCAAAAUGCAACCUCUUUCAAUAGUCACAACUUCAACACAAACCACAACAACGGCUUCCGUAACCGGAACUGUUACAGCGCCCAUAUCAUCAAAUGCUCCUGUCACAUUAUCUAUUGAGAACACUGAACCUGGCACAACAUCAGCACAAAAGGAAGCAGAGCCCGAAGAGGAGGGUUACUCGUUACUGCGCUAUCCAAAGGGCAAAAGUUGUUUCGCACAAUUUACUUGGAUUAUAAUUUGGCCAAUACAUUUGCUUUUUCGCAUCGCAAUACCAGAUUGCAAGAAAACCAAAAAUAAUAAAAUAUUUCCCUUGACAUUCAUUAUGUGUAUAGUGUGGAUUGGUUCACUGUCAUAUGUUGUUGCUUGGAUGAUAACAAUAAUUGGUGAUACAUUGAAAAUUCCGGAUUCAGUUAUGGGCAUCACAUUUUUGGCAGCAGGAACAAGUGUACCUGAAGCCGUAUCCAGUGUUAUUGUAGCAAAAAGAGGUCAUGGUUCGAUGGGUAUCUGUAACUCAAUUGGUUCAAAUACGUUUGAUAUUUUGCUCUGCUUAGGCGUACCAUGGCUAAUCAAGGCAGUCUUCUUCCCUAUACAACCUGGACAAAACUAUGUUGGCAUCAAUUCAGCUGGUCUAGAAUAUUCUGCAAUAACGCUGUUAUCAACUCUAUUUUUGCUCUACAUCACAUUCUCCUUUAACAAAUUCAAACUGGAUAAGAAAGUCGGUACGGCGUGUUUGGUUAUGUAUUUAGUCUUCUUGGUAUUCGCUUCACUAAUAGAACUGAACGUAUUCUUCCGUGUGAAUCUACCGACUUGUGGUCGGUCAUGAAGCUUUCAAGUGUAAAAGCUGUAUGAAGUUUAGUUUAAGAAUUAAUUUUCAUUUGAAAAGUUUCGAAAAUAUAUAUAUAUAUAUAUCUUUCGCAUUGUUGCAAAGAGUUUUUAAUGAAAACCAAACAAAAUACAAACGCAACGGUCAGUCCUUGAAAUGCUUAGUUUGAAUAUUUUUUUAAGUUUUGAAUGAAAAAAUUUACUUUGUUAUAAAAAACAUUUAUAACAUAAAUACUGUUUAUUGUAUCAUUAAUUUAGAUUUUCACAUUUUAGUUAGUUCGGAUUACUUUUAAUAUAUAAGUUGAAUAAA